UGAUAUUUUGCGAGGUGAGAGAGAAAAAGUUUUCCUUUUCUGUCAAUUCCCUUCCCCUCUUCCGGGUGUUGCGUUUCCGAACUUCAUGGCGUGCGAAUGGCCCGUGUAUGCCGGACAAUCGAAAUGAUAUCUGGCCUACCUUCCUGCUCUUCUACCGAACUCAGAUCAGUGAGCUUCAAUAUUCGAUUCCCUCGAGUACCCGGUGAAAUCAAAUUCGAGAGCGGAUUCGGCAAUUGCUCGUUGAGACCCCCGAAGUUGGCCGCAGUUCGACCCCCCUCCCCUCGGGCACGCAAGCUUCCAAGACGAACACAAUGGAUUCAACCUUCAUUGCAUCGAUACCUGUCAUUCUGCAUGGCGUGGAAAGGUGGCAUUGGCUCAAGCAAUUGGUCGACCGCUUUGGAACAUGGACAAUGGCUUGGUGAAAGGGGCACGGAAAGGCGUACAGAUAUCAAAAGGGGUUCAAAAGAUCAUGUCCUUCCUGCACGGAUUUUGAAAUAUAUCAACGGAUUAUGUUGCCGUCAAGAACCGGAGCAACCUGUUGUCUUUCAUGGAAGUCGAUUAAAGGGGUCGCCCAAGGGUGUGUGUGGGAAGAAUGUGAGACUUUCUGUUCUUUCUCUUAAUCCGGCCUCGACUUCACUCCGUUCAUUCGAUGUGGAAUCGGGCUUUUUAAACCUACCUCACAUCGUCGCCUUUCGAUCUUGUACAAGAACGUCGACACGAACAGACACUGAACCAAUAACCCUCCGGCCACCCAAGAGGCUGUCUCCACUGGUUGUCUGAUCACUCUAUUACCUCCAGUAUUUCGGACUUCUCGUCUUUGUGCUGGCCGUUCCUUAAUAUUGCCCAACUAAUUCCACUCAUUAUUCCCAUACUAAUUCAUUGACGACUGUCACUCUCUUAAUUCCGUCGUUCCCUGAUAAGACAUUGUCUCCUAUCAGGUACACUCUUUUAAUAAUAACGGGAUUGAUAUCUGUUGCUUGUGUUCUUCACCACUUUCGACAUCAUGGCCUACCAGAAGCGUCCUACCUCCAGCUACCAGCCUUGCGAUACUUUCUUCGUGGAAUCGUAUGA